AUGUACUCCAAGAGAGAUGGCAUGUUCUCCAUGCCCGCUUCUAGAGGCCACUACAUCGGAUCAUGGAAUCUUGGGAGACACAUGAAGGAACCAAAGAUUCAGAUGCUGCGGCUUCCCGAUGAAGAUCCAAUUCCAGAAAUGACAGAGAAAAAGUGGCAGAGAUUAGAGUCUUGUUGUACGAAGCAACACUACUUAGUGGAGUCGUUACACACUGAUGAGACUUUUAUGGUGAAGUGGUACACAGAAAGCCAUCCCAUUGCCAAUAAUACUUUGAAUUUAUGGGAUCAUUUCCUUGUGUUGAAGAUAGACAAGGAAGGAAAUGCUGUUUACACCAAAGACAUUGGACAUCUCUGCAUUUUACUCUCCAAGUCUGAAGCUAUUUGUAUUCCAUCUAAAUCGAACCGCAAAGUCAAAAACAGCGUCUAUAUGUUGAGAGAGCACAAGUUUGCCAUUGUCAUGAUCGACACUAACCAGAAGUUUUGUCAAAGACCUUUCCCUUCCUCUUUACCUUACUAUAUUUCAAAAAGACUACUAAUAUAG